UUGCACUUUAGUGGUGCAGCAGCACGAGAGGGUGUGGCAUGUGUGCAUGGCUGCAAGGGAGAAGGAGCGGUGUAGCCGUAUAGACUACCUGUGGCGUGUCAGUCAUCACUAUUCUCACAUCUGCCCAGAGGUAGCAUCCUUUUGGGGGUGCAAGCUGCUUGAUCUAGCUGGACCAACUCCAGUUACAGAUCGACUAUGUCCAGGCUGUGGUGCACUCCUACACCCCUCCUCUCUCCCUUCCUCCUCCUCCCUCCCUUCCUCCUCCUCCCCCCCUUCCUCCUCCUCCUUCCCUUCCUCCUCAUCUGUAAGACUCAGAACUGUGUCAAAGAAGAGAUUGAAGAAAUUGAGAAGAAAGAAUGACAUCAUGUGGUUGGGUGCACCUGCCCCUCGGGCCAGAUCAUACACGCUGGUGAAAUGUCGGUGUGGAAAGUCAUACGUUACAGCAGUUCAUGGAGGAAUGCUGACGUCAGCAGUUUCAGUUGCAAAGACUCCAAAACCUGCUAGACGGAGGAAGAGCACCAGUCUGUCAGGAACUCUGAAGAGCUUUCUGGAGACCAGCAGUCGACUGCAGACCCAGAGACAUCGACAGAAGGCCUCUCCUUCUCUCUCCCUCUUCCUCACUGCCCUCAACAAGACGUAGCUAUAAUAAUAAUAAUGACCACCAGAACAAUAAUAAUGGUGCUACAAAAUGCUUGAUUCAGUGUGUUGCUCAAUGCAGUCUGCCACCUCCAGUUUGCUCUGCUCUUUAUGACAUCCAUAAUCAAUCUGCUGAAUACUGACACAUACACCAG